AAAACAAUGCUUGUUGGUUUGUGUUUCGGACAAACUCUAGGAUAAAUCCCAGAAGAAGCCAUGAGUUGUACUGACCUUAUGUAUCAGUUUUACCCACCGUAUUUUCCUCAUAAAGCAACACCUUCAGAAAAUGGGAAACUUCCUAAUCCAAGUCCGUACGAAAGUCAGCAUGUGGCAGCCCCGGGAAGUUACUGCUGCCCUGGGGACAUGCGACAUUCUAAAAUCAGGAAUACAGAUCCAGGAACGGAUAUAUCAGAUCCGGACUCACAACCCAAAGGGUCUCAGUAUUUGAACGCUAAUUGUGUUUUGUUGACCUAUUUCAAUGGUGAUACUGCUACAAAUGUAGAUGAACAUUUCUCAAGGGCUCUUAGUCAGCCAAGUAGCUUUACAUUGGAGAAAAAUGGAUCCCAGACCCUUCGGCGCUCUGAAACCCCCUUAAUGUGUCAACGAAAACUACCGCCUUCCUUCUGGAACAGUUCCUACCAGCCUCCCAGACCGUCAUUCGCUUCCGGAAGUAGUGCGGACUAUACAAGGGACUAUCUGACGUCACCGUGGUACACAUUGUCCAAUAACUGGCCAUAUCAUUUCGCCGCAUCUCAAUCGUACUCCAAUGCACCUGACUUUGCUCGAUCUUUUCCAUAUUCCUCCUUUGACUCGGCCAGUAAACUUGGUCCCUCAUAUCAAUCAUUAAUGCUAAGGAGUGGAUUUGACUCAAGAAAUUCUAAAUACGAAAUGUCAAAACUUUCAGACUCUUUACAAGGAGCCGGGAGUUACUAUGCCUCAUUACAAAGAUUUGGUGCGGAUUUAUCUUCCAAUAUGAACUAUGAUUCCUCGACGACAUCAUGAAAGCAUUGGAGAGAGUUCAAGGAAACCUCAUUAACUAGCACUGGACUAUCCCUUACAGAGUAUGAGAAAGGAGAUUUGUUGGUAACCAUGGUACCGUCGACCUUAUCACUUACAUAGUAUGAGGAAGGAGUUUGCUGGUAGCCAUGGUAACGUCGACCAUUCUUGCCGUCAUAACAUGGUGCUGUUCUUCACAUCCAUAGUGUGUGUUGUCCAGUACAUACCGCCAUACAAUGGUGAACGACACAACUAACGCAUGGAAGAGAAACACAUUUCUGUCACAGGAAACUGGAAACCACACACAUCCAUGUCUCUGUCACAGGAAACUGGAAACCACACACAUCAACGUCUCUGUCAUAGGAAACUGGAAACCUCACACACACACGUCUCUGUCACAGGAAACUGGAAACCACACACAUCCACAUCUCUGUCACAGGAAACUGGAAACCACACAUCCGCGUCUUUGUCACAGGAAACUGGAAACCACACAAAUCCACGUCUCUGUCACAGGAAACCACACACAUCCACAUCUCUGUCACAGGAAACAGCUGGAAACCACACACAUUCACGUCUCUGUCACAGGAAACUGGAAACCACAAACAUUCACGUCUCUGUCACAGGAAACUGGAAACCACAAACAUCCACAGGGGCCAUGUACUGUGGGACAGUUUUACAAGCAAUUCUGUCAUCGGAAACUCAUAUAUCCAUUGAACAGUGUGUUUGGUUAAACAGGGACUUCUUUGUUACUGGAAACUGUGAACCGUCAGUACAAGGUACUGCGUAUAAAGGUUUUAAUGACUUAUAGGGGGAUGGAAACUAGAAACCACGGACACACUGUACCAUGUGAAAAAGGUUUUCACUAGACCAUUUUGUUUUUUUUUUGUAAUUCGGAAAUUUUGAAUACCGGCAAAAUUUAUAUGGGUACUUGUAUGAUUGAAGAGGAAUGAAUGUACGAUAUAUUUGGAUACAAUAAUACGAUUUUCAGAAUGAGUAAAUAAAUAAUGUAAUAACGUUGGGGAAUGAAUUACAUACGAUAUACAGAAGCGAUUAGAGAAGGCUGUGUUUCAAUAUCACAUACAAUAUCCAUUCUAGGUUUUGGUGGAACUUCUUGCAACAAUUGUGUUCUGUGUUCAUUGUGUCCACCAGUGAAAUCGUUUCAGCAAAAUUAAAAGAAAGAAAAGAACAAUUAAAGUAGGAAGAUAUCUGAUAUCGAUUUAUGUAUAUAUUUGUGAAGAAGAUAUUGAACGAUUAUUUUGUCAAUAAAAUGAAAUCAAAACUUU